CCGGGCGGGGAGCGGCGCCUGAGGCGGGUCCUGGGGCCGGUCCUGGGGCCGGUCCGAGAGCCGGGACCAAAGUCGGGACCAAAGUCGGGACUGUCCCGCCGCCGUCCCCGUCCCGCUCUCGUCCCGGCCCCCCGGACGCGCCCCGCGGCCGCCAUGGCGGAGCAGGAGAGCCUGGAGUUCGGCAAAGCCGACUUCGUGCUGAUGGACGCCGUGACCAUGCCCGAGUUCAUGGCGAACCUGCGGCUGCGGUUUGAGAAGGGCAGGAUCUACACCUUCAUUGGGGAGGUGGUGGUGUCCAUGAACCCCUACAAGAACCUGAACAUCUACGGCCGGGACACCAUCGAGCAGUACAAGGGCAGGGAGCUCUACGAGAGGCCCCCCCACCUCUUCGCCAUCGCCGACGCCGCCUACAAGGCCAUGAAGAGGCGCUCCAAGGACACCUGCAUCGUCAUCUCAGGUGAAAGUGGAGCUGGGAAAACCGAGGCCAGUAAAUACAUCAUGCAGUACAUUGCAGCCAUCACCAACCCUGGGCAGAGGGCUGAGGUGGAGAGGGUGAAGAACAUCCUGCUGAAAUCCAACUGUGUGUUGGAGGCCUUUGGCAACGCCAAGACAAACCGCAACGACAACUCCAGCCGGUUUGGGAAGUACAUGGACAUCAACUUUGAUUUUAAAGGAGACCCAAUAGGUGGGCACAUCAAUAAUUACCUGCUAGAAAAGUCCCGUGUGAUUGUGCAGCAGCCCGGAGAAAGGAGCUUCCAUUCCUUCUACCAGCUCCUGCAGGGAGGUUCUGACCAGCUCUUACGUUCCCUGCACCUUCAGAAGGACCCCUCAGCCUACAGCUACGUCUGUCCUGGGGCACAGAUCAAGUGUUCCAUCAAUGAUGGUGCCGAGUUCAAAGCAGUGGCUGAUGCCAUGAAGGUGAUUGGCUUCAAGCAAGAGGAGAUCCAGACUGUCUACAAAAUCGUGGCAGCCAUUCUCCACCUGGGGAACCUGAAGUUCUCCGUGGAUGGAGACACUCCCGCCAUCGAGAACGGGCAGGUGGUGUCCACCAUCGCAGAGCUGCUCUCCACCAGGGCCGACAUGGUGGAGAAGGCCCUGCUGUUCCGCACCGUGGCCACGGGCAGGGACGUCAUCGACAAGCAGCACACGGAGCAGGAGGCCACCUAUGGCAGGGAUGCCUUUGCCAAGGCCAUCUACGAGCGCCUCUUCUGCUGGAUGGUGACACACAUCAACGACGUGAUCGAGGUGAAGGACUACGACACCACCGUGCACGGGAAGAACACGGUCAUCGGAGUCCUGGACAUCUACGGCUUCGAGAUAUUCGACAACAACAGCUUCGAGCAGUUUUGCAUCAAUUACUGCAAUGAAAAGCUGCAGCAGCUCUUCAUUCAGCUGGUCCUGAAGCAGGAGCAGGAGGAAUACCAGCGAGAGGGAAUUCCCUGGAAGCACAUUGAUUACUUCAACAACCAGGUGAUCGUGGACCUGGUGGAGCAGCAGCACAAAGGGAUCAUUGCCAUCCUGGAUGAUGCCUGCAUGAACGUGGGCAGGGUCACGGACGAGAUGUUCCUGGAGGCUCUCAACAACAAGCUGGGGAAGCACGCCCACUUCUCCAGCAGGAAGCUUUGUGCCACGGACAAAACGCUGGAGUUCGACAGAGACUUCCGGAUCAAACACUACGCUGGGGAUGUGAUCUACUCAGUCACUGGAUUUAUUGACAAAAACAAGGACACUUUAUUUCAAGACUUCAAGCGCCUCAUGUACAACAGCUCCAACCCUGUGCUGAAGAUGAUGUGGCCUGAAGGGAAGCUGAGCAUCACUGAGGUCACCAAGAGACCUCUGACAGCUGCUACUCUGUUCAAGAACUCCAUGAUUGCACUGGUGGACAACCUGGCACUGAAGGAGCCCUACUACGUGCGCUGCAUCAAGCCCAACGACAAGAAGUCCCCCCAGGUGUUCGAUGAGGAGCGCUGCAGGCACCAGGUGGAGUACCUGGGGCUGCUGGAGAACGUGCGCGUGCGCCGGGCGGGCUUCGCCUACCGCCAGACCUACGAGAAGUUCCUGCACAGGUACAAGAUGAUCUCGGAAUUCACGUGGCCAAACCACGACCUGCCCUCGGACAAGGAGGCCGUGCGGAAGCUCAUCGAGUGCCACGGCUUCCAGCACGACGUGGCCUACGGCAAGACCAAGCUCUUCAUCCGCACGCCCCGCACGCUGUUCACCCUGGAGGAGCUGCACGCCAAGAUGCUCGUCAGGAUCGUCCUCUUCCUGCAGAAGGUCUGGAGGGGCACCCUGGCCCGGCUGCGGUACCGGCGGACGAAGGCCGCGCUGACCAUCCUGCGGCACUACCGGCGCUACAAGGUCAAGUCCUACAUCCGGGAGGUCUCGCGGCGCUUCCACAACGUGCGGCAGCUGCGGGACCGCGGCAGGAACGUGCAGUGGCCCACGCCCCCCAAGGUGCUGCGGCGCUUCGAGGAGGCCCUGCAGGCCAUCUACCACAGGUGGAGAGCGGGUGAGCUCAUCCGGAGCGUCCCACCAGAAGUCCUCCCCCAGCUGAGGGCCAAGGUGGCUGCCAUGGAGGUGCUGAAGGGUCACAGAGCUGACAUUGGCCUCCAGAGGGCCUGGCAGGGCAAUUACAUCGCACUGAAGCCAGACAGCCCCCAGAGCUCGGGCUCCUUCGUCCCUGUGGCCAACGAGCUGAAGAGGAAGGACAAGUACAUGAACGUCCUCUUCUCCUGCCACGUCCGCAAGGUGAAUCGCUUUAACAAGGUGGAGGACAGAGCCAUCUUCAUCACUGACAGACACCUCUAUAAGAUGGACCCCAUGAGGCAGUACAAGGUGAUGAAGACCAUCCCCCUCUACAACCUGGUGGGGCUGAGCGUGUCCAACGGGAAGGACCAGCUGGUGGUGUUCCACACCAAGGACAGCAGGGAUCUCAUCGUGUGCCUCUUCAGCCCCGAGCCCUCCAGCGACAGCAGGAUCGGGGAGCUGGUGGGAGUCCUGGCCAGCCACUUCAAGAGAACUUAUGGGAAUCCAGCUGAGAUGCUGAUGUGGCCACAGUGAGUUGAUGUCUGCCUGCAAAACAUGUCCAUGAGCUGAGCUCCCCUGGUGUUUGCUGCUGUUCUCUGGCUGUCUCAGCCCCAGGGAUGGGCAUCUCCUGCCAGAGCCCUUGUCCCUGCCAGGUGAGAGGAGCUGGGAUUGAGUGAGGGCAUGGAAUAACUGGGAAAAUCCUCUGGCAGCAGAGAGUGGUGGGUGGUCCCUCGUGUGAAAUGGGAUCCUGGGACACUUGUUGCUGCUCAGCAGGAAGCAGAGAUGCUCUGACAUGACUUGGGCAGCACAGAGCCCUCAUCUUGGUUUCCCAAGGCAGGGAAGCAGCUUUUGGGAGCUGUGGAUGUGGCCACAGUGUCCCUGUGAGUGCCAGAGCCUGGGCUGGGAGAGAGGGACCUGAGGAGCUCUUGGAGGGGAGAGGGUGGCUGUAAAGGGGGAGGAUUAUCAGCCAGGAAUGACUUGUCCUGUCCAUCUUUUACACCUUCGUGGCCCUGCAGGCUCUAGAAGAUGUUGCAGCUGCUCAGUCCAGCAGACUGAGGACUCUCUGGCUGCACCUUCCCUGGGAAGGCCCUGUGGGAGCCACAUUCCUUUGGCUCUCCCCAUCCUUGGUCACACUGUGACCCUGUGUGGGUGCUGUCACCUGCCCCCUGCAGUGUUCAGGCAGCUCAGGUGUCCUCACAGAAGGUUCCCAAGGCCCAUCCUGUUCCCAUUUAUUCCUUUGUUGCUGUGUUGGAGCUGGCAGGGUUUGUUCUGUCUCGCUGCCCACGCGUUGGGAUCACUGUGUCACUGCUCUCCCGUGCUUUCUGUUCCCUAAUCCCCACAUUGUCUGCAGCCACAGCCCUUGGUUUCCUUCCAGGAUUCCUGAAGGGCAGGGGGAGUUACCAGUACACAGCAAUCCCUGCAGAAGCCCAGCAGAAGAUCACUUGCCUGAGGAUAACUCGGUGUUUUCCAGCACACUCGGAGACCCGUCGCCAGUUUGGGUCCUCAGUGCCCUGGAUUUGUUUCCCUCAGUUCUGGGGCCUCCCCCUGGUGUGCCUGGAGCAGGAAUUCACACCCAUGGAUCUCACCCCAUCCCAGGGUGUAUAUGCACAUAUUACAGAAUCAUGGAGUGGGUUGAGUUGGGAGGGAUCUUAAAGCCCAUCCAGUG